AUGUCUACCGUUAACAUGAUCAAGUACUACUUUUAUGAAGGCUUGAUCCCAAGGUCCAAAGAGCGUAUACGCCAAUUAAUCACCUUGGCCUAUCAGACUGCAAGAGAUAGAAAGAUAUAUCCCAAAGCAAUCCUUAUCAGAUCCGAGGUCCACCCUACCACUAGCAUCAACGGUAUAAGAAUUAAAGACCCAUCGGGGCUAUAUGUUACUUUCUGCUAUAAAUAUGAGGACCAACUUCUUCGGGGUACCCAUGUGGCUAGUCAUGGUUAUGUGAAGGACAAAGCCACGCUGAAGUUUGUUCAAGCAACACACCAUCCAGAGAAGUCUGAUUUGGCGAAGCGACAAAAAGGAAAGACUUUUUGGCCAGCUGAAGAAGAACUUAUUGCUGCACCUGAAAUCGCCUAUAGUCAUCUUCCAAUUGGAUGGAAAUAA